AUUUAUUUAUUCCAUACAAUGUAUUUCUCUGGUCUUACUGUACUUGCUUUUCUUGCCUCUAUUGUCAGUUGUGCUGAACCUAUGCAUGCCACUGCUUAUGUCACUGGUAUUAACCCUAACACCAAUGGUACUAUUCAUGGUACUAUCCAAUUCAGUCAACAAGACCGUCAUACGCCUACUCAUAUUUUUGCCAAUAUCACUGGUUUGACAGAAGGUGACCAUGGUAUUCAUAUCCAUCAAUCCGGUGAUCUCUCGGGUGGUUGUGCUACAACAGGUGCUCACUACAACCCGUUCAAUCGAACCCAUGGUGGCCUUGAUAACAAGGAAAGACAUGUGGGUGAUCUUGGUAAUAUAGUGGCUGAUCAAGCUGGUCAAGCCUUCUUAAAUGUCUCAAGCGAUCUUAUCUUCUUGAGUGGCAAAUACUCUGUGAUUGGUCGUGCUGUGGUUGUUCAUUCGGGUCAAGAUGAUCUUGGUUUAGGUGGUUCUCCUUUAUCGAAUACGACAGGCAAUUCUGGUGAACGCUGGGCCUGUGGUGUGAUUGGCUAUCCUUCUGCUUAAUGAUGAUAUUAUUAAUUAAAAAUAUUAACUAAAAUAAAACCUUGUAUUAUUGUUUAUUAAA